AUGUUUUUUCUAGACCAAUCCCUCUCAGCAACAACAGCAACAUCUCCAUUUCCCCAAACAUUUUUAACCUCAACUAAUAUAGCAACAACACCAUUACAUAGGGUUUAUUCGGCAGGUUUAGUUGAAGAGCCUACUUCAACUACUGGAGAGGUUCCAGAGGAAUGGAAUAGUACUAAUCAAAGCCUCGGGUUGGAUGAUUUGAGAGUACACGAAUUAAAGACUGAAUGUAAAAAGAGAGGAUUGGCUGUUUCUGGAUCUAAACAAGCGUUGAUUGACCGGCUUCAACCUUUUGAGCAUUCAAUAAUUUUGCAGCAACAAAGGGAGUCUUUGCUUAUAUUUAAUGAAGGAAUUGUGUUAAAAAAGAAGAAAAAGAACGUUAAUAAUGGUGUUGUUGUUGACUCGUCUCCAGCUUUGUUUUCUUCUAAUUCUUCUUGUUUGGGGGGAGAAAGUGGCGGCGGCUGUUGUUCCUCUCCUUCUGUUAUUGAUGCGGUAAUUGACUCAGUCAUCGAUGGAAGAAAUGGAUACACUGAAGCAACAACAAAUUUAAAAAUUAAUUCAAGACUAAAAAAUAAUAACAAAAACAUUAAUAAACAAAAAAGAAUUGGUAGAACAAACAACAAAACAACGAACAUGUUUUUCAGUAAAAGUUGGAAACCAGUGUUUUUGGGAAACUUUAAUAAAAAUGUUGGGUGUAAAUGUUGUUCGUGUGGGCAUAAUAAUAAUAAUGUUUAUCUGAACAACAAAAACAUGGAAAACAUUGAAAUAAGGGGAAACAAUGAACAACAAUGUUUGUUGGAGGAAGAGAAGAGAGUAGAGGAGGGAGAUGAUAAAAUUGUAGAAGAGUUAAAAGAGGUUGGAGAUGAAGAAGGAAAGGAGGAAGGGAGAGAAGAUGUUGAUGAAAAACAAAAUGUUUCUCCGACAAUAGAAAAAACAUUUAGUUUUGCUACAAUGGGAUCUGGAGGACAAUUUACACCAUUAGAACCUGCUGAUAUCAGUAUUGUUAUUUCUGAAGAAAAUAAAACUUGUUGUAAAGAGGAAAAACAACUUGACAAAGAACAACAAAAACAACAACAAAUCAACUCAAAAACAUUUUUAGAACCUCCCCAAACUUUAAUAAAACAACAACAAAAGUUUAGUACAAAUAAAUGUUGUAAUUAUCAACAACAACUUUGUUGUUGUUCGCCUUUUCAAAUGUUGUCGUCUCAUUCCUCUCCAUGUUCAGAUGUUUGUUGUUCGGAUGUUUGUGUUCCAAGUUUUAAUAAAAACAAUGUUGUUGGAGAAGAAAUAAUACCAGAACAACAACAAAAACAUUUAAAUGAACAAAACAUAUUUCAACAAAAACAUCAACAACAACAACAUGUUUCGAUUAGAGAAAAUGAAAACAACAACAUAAACAACGCAAUAAACUGUUGUUGUUGUUUACAAAACCAACAACAAUGUUUUGUUGGAAAUGAACAAUUAUUGAGUGCUGCAACAUUAUCAAAACAUGAAGAAUUGCUUAGACAACAACAACAAAAAAUUGCAGAAUUACAAAAAGAAUUGACUCGUUCACAAAUAGGUUUACAAAAACAUCAACAAAUGUUGGGAGAAGCUAGAAAAGAGUCCCAACCUAGAGAUCCGGAAACUGGAAUAAUUUUUGGGCAGGUUGAAUAUUGGCUUGGACAAUUAAUAAAUACCCAUAGAGAACAACAAUUAACGUUGGAGAGACAAAUAAAUGGGCAAAAAGCCUUAGUUUGUGCUGAGCAAAAACUUCAGGAAGAAUUACAUACAGAACAAGCAGUUCAAGAUAUUUGUAGAUUAAUUGGGCAAGAAUCAAAAACAGCAUUGUUAAUUGUUCGGCUUUUGAGGCGUUAUCAGCUUGAACAUAAUAGUAGUCUAUUAAAUAGUAAUACAACAACAACAAACCAAACAAACCAACAACAACCUCUCUUAAAUUAUUCUCCAAACAAUAACCUUUUAUUACAACAUUCCGAACAUUCAUUAAAUACUCAAGAAGAACAAAAUUUAGUUGAAACAACAACAACAAAACAUAAGAGAAAAGUUGGGAAACAUUCAAACAAAGAAAAACAUCAAAACAUUAACAACAUAACAAUGUUUAAACGCAAAGGAGGUGUCCGAAGUAAAUCUGCAUUGGAAGGUUUAAUUUCAAACGAACAUACAAAAGAUGUUUUUAAACGUUCGAGUUGUGAAUGUUUUGACAACAACAAUAUUAAUAAUCAGAAACGGCCAAACUCAUCUUUGGGAGCAAUCAAUUCCGGUAGUACUUUUGACAUGGAAGAAAUUUUCCGUUCAGUCCUCGAAGGAAACAAUAAUAGCAACAACAACAAUAAUUCCCCUCAACCAACAACAACACCAAUUAACAAUAAUAUUUAUUUAGCAGAAUCCCAAUUAUUAAUAGAAGAACAAAGACAACAACAAUCCUUUGAACAUAUUAUACAUAGUCAAGAAAUGGAAAAAACAAUGCAGGAUUUAAUGGAAGUUUUACAAAAUGAUCAAUCUACAACAACAACAACAACAAAUUGUAUAAAUAAUUCCCAAACAGAUCGUUUAGCCAAUUUUUUGGCCGAAGAAGUUGAAAUGCAUCGAAAUAAUUCCUCCAACAUUUUUUCGUCUUCUUUCACUGCCUCAACAAAUUUAUUCCAUGAAUUAAACAAUAAUAACAAUAACACUCCUCAACAACAACAAACAUCAUUCACAACAGAAAUAGCUCAGAAUGAAGAGAAUACUUUAUUUUUUAAUGAGGAAAACGAAAGGGCAAUCGACUGGUUAGAUUCCUUUGACUCGUUCACAGCUGUCUUUUAA